AUGGGGUCCAAAGCCCCGAAUGGCCAAGAGCUCGAGGCCGACAUCGAGUUUAUCGAGACGCCCGCCGCUCAGCCCUCCCAGUUCGAGACCGGUCAGGAUUGCGGAGUCAAGGUCACCAAGUAUCCGGGUAUCAAGAAUGCUCCUCUCCCCGCCGAUGGCCCCGGCAACGAAAGCUUCUCCAAUAGCUUCCUCCUCGCCUUCAUCGUCGGUAUCCCGACAUAUCUCGCCUGGAAGAUUGGUGGCGGCCUGAAGACGUCCAUCUUCUUCGGCCUCAUCACGUUCUUCCCUAUUCUAGUUGUCUACUGGUACUUCGCCUCCUCCUACAGCCCUCCCCUCAACGACAAGGUCAAGCUCCCCGGUCGCCCCGUCGAGAAGUACCUCAGCUUCAAGAAUGAGUCCGAUCGCCUCCGAUGGAGUGGAAGGCGCAAGAUCCCCAUCCAGACCUUCUCGAACAUGUACAUCAAUGGCGAGGUCGACUUCAAUGGCGACUGCCUCGACGUCCUAGAGUACCGCCACGAUUGGUCCAACUUUAGCUUCACCUGGGACCUCUUCAAGUACAUCCUCUUCUCCUUUGCCGCCGACGUCAUCUCGCACAGCCGAGAGCAGGACGAGAACCAGAUUCAACCUACCUACGAUGCCGGAAACGAUCACUAUGCCUGGUUCCUCGGCCCUCGCAUGAUCUACACUUCUGGCAUCAUAUCUGACCCCGAGAAGGAGGAGACCCUUGAGGAGAUGCAGGACAACAAGAUGGCAGUCGUCUGCGAGAAGCUCGAGCUCAAGGAGGGCGAGACCCUCCUCGAUAUUGGCUGCGGUUGGGGCACUCUUGCCAGGUUCGCCAGUCUCAACUACGGCGCCAAGGUCACCGGUCUCACCAUCGCCCGCAAUCAGACCGCCUGGGGCAACGACGCCCUCCGCAGGGCCGGUAUCCCCGAGGAGCAGAGCGAGAUCGUCUGCAUGGACUACCGCGACAUGACCGGCCGCAAGUUCAACAAGAUCUCCCAGCUUGAGAUGGGCGAGCACGUCGGCAUCCGCAAGCUCACGGGGUUCUUCCGCCAGUGCUACGACCUCCUCGAGGACGAUGGCGCCAUGUACGUCCAGCUUUCCGGUCUCCGACAGGCUUGGCAGUACGAGGACUUGGUCUGGGGUCUCUACCUUAACAAGCACAUCUUCCCCGGCGCUGAUGCCUCGACCCCCCUCUGGUUCUACACUUUGUGCUUGGAGAGGGCUGGUUUCGAGAUUAAGAGCAUUGAUACUAUCGGCGUUCAUUACUCCGGUACCCUUUGGCGAUGGUACCGUAAUUGGAUCGGCAAUGCUGACAAGGUCAAGGCCAAGUACGGUCAGCGAUGGUACAGGAUUUGGGAGCUCUUCCUCGCCUGGUCCGUCAUCGCCUCUCGACAGGGAAGCGCCACCUGCUUCCAGUUUGUCGUCCGAAAGAACCUCAACACUGUCCACCGCAUCGACGGUGUCGCCUCGCAGUAUGGUCUUCAUGGCGCCCUCGCCAAGAGCAAGGCCGCUGGCAAGGCUACUCUUCCCCAGUAG